AUGCGCUCUGGAACUGCAAAAGUUGUUGAAUACUGGGAAGCUAUCCUGAAACAAAGGCUUAUUACAGUAAUCCUUUAUAAUCUAGAGCUUCGCUAUUGCAUUGAACUUCUGAAUUUUGAUUUUGCAGUUUAUACUUACGAAAAAUACUUGUUUGCAUCGCAAGCUUGCCUGAGGGAGAUCCAUGCUUCUAUCCUAAGGAAGCAUUUACAUCGACUAGAGCAUCCCGAUGCUGUUGAACAGGAUGUGGAAUCUGAGAAAGAAGAUGAUAAUAAACUGGAGGAUGAGAUGCAUGAGGAUGAAGAUGAUAAGCGAUAUUCGCCUGAGCCUAUACCUCAGCACACAGAAAACCAAUUUGAAGAGGAAGAUGUAUCCUUCUCUCCACAGCUAAUGCAUGGCAAUGAAGAUGAAGAUGCAAUUGAUCCUAAAGAGGACAAAGCUGAGCUGGACCGGAAACGUGAAGCUGUAGUUUUGGAGCAUCAAAGGAAAGUUCAGAAAGCCAUGAAAGCAAAGGCAAGAGUACCUGAUGAGAUGGAGAUGAAGGCCAUAAAAACGAUGGGAGCUAUGGAGGAAGGAGAUGCAGUAUUUGGUGCCGGUGCUGAAGUGAACCUUGAUUCACAGGUGUACUGGUGGCAUGACAAGUAUCGACCAAGAAAGCCCAAGUACUUCAAUCGGGUGCACACUGGAUAUGAAUGGAAUAAAUACAACUAG